GGUUAACCCUGCUAAUGCAGUAACUCCAGUUAAUCAUUUUGAUAGUCUUCUUAGAUUUCURAAGACACAGGAGGAAGUUCUAGAAAAACUAGAGCAACUUGGAGUGAGUGAAAAAGUUGAAAAGAAGUUUGAGAGGCGACAUGCUUUUACUCGAGUCGCAAGAACCAAUCAUGCCUGUAUUGUUUGUGGAGACACAAGACAUGGARAUAAGAUAUUCUUCUGUAAACAGUUCAAAGCAAUGAAUGUAGCUGAAAAGCUCAAUAUUGUGAAGACAUUGAAAACAUGCAAAAGGUGUUUGAGAAAGCAUGAAGAGGAUGCUGGAUGUAUAAGCACUUACCUUUGCAGGAACAAAGAUUGUAAGAAAGGGAGCUUUUCAGAUCACCAUUUCCUCCUUUGCCCAAAGGGUGAACUUACAAAGGCUGGGGGUGAUAAGCCAAAAUGGAAAARUAGACUGACAGAAGAACAGGAGAAAUUCRUAGCUGAACUUUCACCAGAGCUAGCAGAGGAAUGCAGAAAAGCCUUUUCAAAUGUGACUGCAUCAACAAGCAACAUAAAGGGUGAAGUCCCUGGUCUUAUGGAGUCAUAUGGACUAAAAGAGCAACCUGUUAUCCUAAUGCUGUUGGAAGUUACUGCAAAUGCAGGCCAGAAAAUUGGCACUUUGAUUGACCUGGCUUCUGAUACUAAUUACAUUACUCACCAAGCAGCUCAAAAAUUGAACCUAGAAGGUGAGAAUAUAACAUUAGUUGUUCAUGGUGUUGGGGGAAUGUCAGUCAAAGUUAGAACAAGAAGAUACCUGUUAAAAGUGAAAGUUAAAACCCCCAAAGGGACAGUGAAAGCUCACCAACUCAUUUGUUAUGGACUCAGUGAGAUUGCUAAAGUGCAUAAAGUCAUUCAACCACUGCAGCUACAAAAGUUCUUCCCAGAUGUUGACCUGGAGGACCUCAAAAGACCAGAUACCAUUGAGCUACUAAUCAGCCACAGAGAAGGCAGACUGGCCCCUCAAAGAGUCAAGGUUGUUGGAGACCUGGUCCUGUGGAACAGUCCACUCGGCAUAACCGUGGGAGGAGCUCAUCCAGAUCUUUGUGAAGUCGUCGACGUGGCAGCACACAGUUCAGAAACACACUUUGCUCGUUCCAUGCGCACU